CUUUUCCGUUUUAUCAACGAUUGCCGGGUCCCAGUACUUCGUGUAUGGCUUGUUAUACAAGGCCCUCUUCUAUUCGCUCGCCAACCAGUUUCGCUUUUAGAAACCCCGAAGACUUGAGACGCGACUAUGCGUUGCACGUGGGGGUAUCUCUGAUACGGACCGGUCUAUGAUCUUCAUCUUGCAUCUGUUGCCCUGCCUUGCCUUGCUUCGUGUCAAGAUUGCAGCUCGCAACAAUCAAAUCAAUCUCGCAGGCAGUACAUACACAUCUCGGAUCUUUGUCCAGCCCCCGCCGCCGAGUCUUGGAUCGUAUAUCUCUGAUCAAUCCAAGCGAAAUAAAGAGUUGGACUUUUCUGCUUUAGUUGGCUCUAGGAUAUCUUAUCAGUGGCUUCUACUGCUAUGCCUACAGCCUUACCUUUGCCCAUACCAAUGGAUCAUCCACAUUUCCUCUAACUGGGCGUUGAUCCCCAGUCACCCAUCUCCUGCCAUUACUGACCUAGCUGGCAGAAGUUCUAUUUUGGGAAUCCGCUUCGGUUUAAGAUGGGCUUGGGAUGAGUUUCCACAUCAAACAAUAUAUGCCUUAAUGACGAAUGAUGUGGUGCUAUUUGUAGAACAGUAUCUGGCUUUCACAUCAAUAAGCUGAGCAAGUCAUAUAUAUUUAUUAAUGAUAUCCUAUUUAGUCAAGCC